CCUCCAUCUGGUACAGCAGGCUGAGAGCCUCUUCGGGGAUCGUCUAUCCGAGGAUCGUUCGCGUGCCGCCUGGCAGAUCGCCGUGUGCCAGGUUCUUCUUGCUUUUGUAUUUCCUUUUUUCUUUUUUUCUCCGUUGCUUUCGUUCCCUAAAGCGGAUGUAACGCGGUCGAUACUCGUGAGAACGAGAGCGUGUGAGUUGGAAUUUACCUGUCGUGAACCAGCCGACGCUCUCGACGAAGAUCGAAAUUAUAAUAUAAAACUGGUCGGCCAAUUAAAGUCACGGCCGCGAAAUUCUGACCUUCACGACAACCUUGUUGUUUUUACAAGAUUAUUCUCUGUCGCGCACGUAGGGUUAUAGUGUUACGAUAGUGUGGACGUGUAAAGCAGGUGCGAAGCGGUCUCAUGUGAUACAUACACUGUGCGCUGAGUCAAAGACGAAGAAGGUGGAAAAAAGGAAGUAAAGGGCCCUCGGUGGAAUUUCUUCAGCCAACUUUACGAAACGAUGAAAAUGGGAACGUGUUGGUUCGCAGUUUGGGUGCUCUUUGUCUGUCUUAUCGGUGAUGUACGACCGCAAUACAGAGAUAAGAAUAUAAGCACGGCGGAGACAGACGCGGUACAGGCACUCUUGGCUCGUUACCUUCAGCGUCGCCUUCAAGGCUCUCAACUAUCAACACCGCCUCCGCCGUCGGUCCUCUUCAGUAACGAUCAUCGGGCCCGCGUCCGACAAGUCGCCCAGCAGAGGAGUCUGACCGGCAAUACUCUAUCACGAAAUGUCAGCGACAAGGACGGUGAUCAAAAUCCCGUUUCUGAGGAUUAUGACGAUUACGAAGAUGACCUCCAGGGCUACGAGGACAGCGAGAGGAGCAGAACCAGAUUCGAUCUUCUGGCUGAUGACUGUCCAAAUUGCGUGGAUGAGCACAGUGGUAGUUUGGCGGCUUCAAGAUGGACGAUGCCCCUGCUGAAGCUGGGCGAGAAGAGGUACUAUCUGGGGAUCUUCUUCAAGGCAAAUUGGUACAGAGCUUCGCAAUACUGCCGUUAUCAUGGGAUGCAUUUGGCGAGUAUAGCUUCGCAGGAGGAAAACGAUAGGCUCGAGAAGCAUAUCAAGGAUUUCGGUCUUGGUCAUGAACAUUUUUGGACAUCCGGUACCGAUCAGGCUGAAGAAGGAACGUUUUUCUGGAUGGCUAACGGCAGGCCGAUCACGUUCGAGAAUUGGAACGUCGGCGAACCAAAUAAUUUCCGAUAUGAGAAUGGUGAGGAAGAGCAUUGCUUGGAGCUCUGGAAUAGGGAUGGCAAAGGUCUCAAAUGGAACGAUAGCCCCUGCAGCUUCGAGACUUUCUUCGUCUGUGAAGUGCAAUGAUGAGUUUGUGCGAAAGGUAAAGGACGGGGGGAAACUACACGUGCGAGUGAGUAUUCGUGCAUCUCGUGGCGUGUUUUCAGAAUGAUUCUCGAGAAAGUGUGACGUUGGUCAUCCGUUUGUUUUGGCGGACUUAGUAAGUGUGAAAGAGAAAUAAAGAGAGGAAGAGAAAGAGAGAGGAGGGGAAAGAAAAGAGAGACAGAGAAACUUCAAAUGUGACAUGUGCGCUUGGACUGAAAACUACGUGCGAUUAGCCGGUCGCUACAGUUGUCACGUUCGCGUAUCCGGCAUUUACGUGUGCGCGAAACGACAUACGGUUCAGUCAGUUCUUUCCGUAUCACCAGGCGACAGACCGAGCGUCAGAUAAAUCCGCAGUGUCGGACGAUAAAAACAAUUUGUUCAUCUUUUGUACAGAAACGGUUUUAGACGGAUAUUCGAUUAUAUGCACUAUACUUCGGAGUUCUUGCGAAAGAUCUUAUGUUGAAUUUAAAAGGAUAAUUAUAUAAUAUAU